AUGAGCUCGCGCUACCAGGAAAUUGACGAGUCUGGAGAUUUCUUGAUAAUUUUGAGACCCUUUACGGAGCCGUUCGCACCAUUCUUAAACUUCGCACUGUGGGAGCUUGACCGCUUGUACGACACAGACAGCGGCCAAGACCGGGAGAGUGAUGAAGAGGUAGAUGAAAUCCCCACAACAAUGCCACUUGGACCAGGAGUCCUGCUACAGGACGAGAUUUAA